AGGGUCCGAGUGGUCGCACCAAACUCGUUGGCACAUUUCCCUCGGAACCCAAAUCCAGAAAACUCUCUCUAUUUCUUCAUUUGGACCCUUGCAUUAACAGCGCUCGCACAGUCCAUGAAAGCCAAAGCUCGUCUCUCACCCUCCGUAACGUCGCUCGUAGAUUUCCGUUCCACUUCAUGGAUUUGGAGAAGGGAGUUGAGGCAGUAAACAGCUCUCUUGUAGUGCACACUGGUUCAUUGGAUUUGGAGAAGGGAGUUGAGGCAGUAAACAGCUCUCUUGUAGUGCACACCGGUUCAUUAGAAGGAGGGGCAGUUCUAGAACCAUAUGUGGGUAUGGAGUUUGAUUCUGAAGAUGCCGCAAGGAAAUUCUAUGUUGAGUAUGCUAGACGGGUAGGAUUUGUUGUGCGAAUAAUGCAACGGCGCCGUUCCGGGAUUGAUGGGAGAACGCUUGCCCGUCGACUGGGAUGUAACAAACAGGGUUUCUCUCCUAAUCAGAGGGGCACAGUUGGACCGGAGAAAAAGCCACGGCCUAGCGCACGAGAAGGAUGCAGGGCAACUAUUUUGGUGAGGAUGGAAAAGUCUGGGAAAUGGGUUGUUUCAAGAUUUGAAAGCGAACAUAAUCAUCCUCUGGUUGCUACUGCCAAUGGGUUCAGCACAGCGGGUGAUAAGGAUAAGAAGAUUGAAGAACUUAUGAGGGAGUUGGAACAUCAGGAGCAGUUAUGUGCUGCUUACAGAGAAAAAUUACUGAGUUUUAUGAAUAAUGUUGAGGAGCAAACGGAAGAACUGUCCUCAAAAAUCCAAGUUAUUGUUGACAAUGUGAGAAAAGUAGAAUCGGAAGUCCAAAAACUUUCCCACCAUAGAUAGCCUUGCAUCUAACCUGAGUAUAUAUAUUUGGUAGAUAUGGGUGAGAUUGUGUAUAAUCCAUGUUGAGCUUCAUGAAUCUUUUGGUGUUGUAUAGGGCUUGCUAGGAUUCUUUAAGUCCAGAUCUAUCACAUUCAAAAUUGUGCUACUGCCUUUUUCGGUUGUAGUCGAAGAAGAUCCAAGUUUGUCCCGGUUAACUGAAAUACUAUUUAGUAGAUUAUUAUACGAAUGAGAUGAUGUGACAGUAAAAAUUAACUCUUGAUUUUUAUUUUUACGAGUCCUUGUUAGUUUAAAAGUUAAUUUUUACUGUCAUGUCAUUUUAGUUGUAGUAUGACAGUUGUAUAACAGUUUAUUAAAUAAUAUUAUUUUAUGGCAAA